ACCUUUAUUCUUAAAUUAUGUAAGCUUCUUCUCUUCAUCUUCCGGUCUCGUCAUCAUCAUCGUCGUCUUCUCAUUCUCAAGUCUCGACAUGGACCAGCAACAGCAGAUACGAAAAUUCAUGAAUAUCGUGGCUCCUCCAGUUAUCCUCCUCACACUUGUUCUCCUCUCACCGCCAUUUCUUGUUCUCGAGUUUUUUCUCUCCAUCCUUAGAUCCUUUUUCAGCGAAAACGUGGCCGGGAAGGUCGUGCUCAUCACGGGUGCUUCGUCAGGGAUUGGCAAGCAACUCGCUUACCAGUAUGCCAAGAAGGGAGCAUGCUUAGUCCUGGUUGCAAGGAGACAAAACCUUCUUGAAGAGGUGGCGGAAAAAGCUCGUUUGUUGGGCUCGCCGGAUGUUAUGUCGGUGCAAGCAGAUGUCUCCAAGGUCGACGACUGCCAACGGUUUAUUGAUGAAACAGUAAAUCACUUCGGCCGAUUGGACCAUCUGGUUACUAACGCUGGGAUCGGAUCCGUCUGCAUGUUCGAAGAUUCAACUGAAAUCAAUAAAUUCACUCCGGUUAUGGGGAUAAACUUUUGGGGAUCAAUAUAUGCCACGCACUUCGCUGCCCCUCACUUAAGAAACAGCAAAGGAAAGAUGAUAGUGAUCGCCUCUUUAGCCGGAUGGUUACCCGUGCCUAGGAUGAGCUUCUAUUGUGCAAGUAAAGCGGCACUGAUAAAGUUCCAUGAGACAUAUAGAAUUGAGUAUGGAGCAGAUAUCAGAAGCGUAAUUGUGGUUCCAGGGCUUAUAGAGUCGGAAAUGACAAAGGGGAGAUUCCUAUCAAAUGAAGGCGUAUUAAUGGAGGUUGAUGAAGAAAGCAGAGAAGUGGAAGUUGGGGUGUUCCCAUAUGCAAGCACCGAGGGAUGUGCUAAGCAUAUCGUGGAUGGCGCUUGCCGAGGAGAGCCAUACGUGAUAGAGCCAAGGUGGUACAAGGCGGCCAUCUUCUGCAGGUCUCUUUGUCCUGAAGUGCUGGAAUGGUUUUACCGCUUGGUCUACGGCACCUUACUUGGGGCUUUGUUGAGAGGGGGUUUGAGUAAAUACUGGAUGUCCAGGAUGACCACCAAAUCCCCCACCCAUCCUCAACCCAAUCUCCUCACCAAAUCGCUAGUCGACUGAUAUCAACUGCCGGCCGGCCGGCCUACGUUUGAGUAAAUACUGGUACAAGUUUGCACCUUUGGAAGCAAAAGCAAACUAAGGCGAAAAAAGAGAAACAAAGAGGCUUUUAGCAUAAAUUCUUGGGCCAGAUCGUUUAUAUAGCAUAUUGAUCGUGCAUUUGUUUUGGACAAACUGUCCUGGUUGACAUGUUACAGCCCACGAUAGUUGAGGGUGCCUGGCCUGGCCCAGGAUA